AUGUCACCGAACGUCAACCACGACCGUGAGGCGUACAGCGUUGGCAUCAUCUGCGCGUUAGCGACCGAGAAAGCUGCAGCUAUUGCCAUGCUCGACGACAAGCACGAACGCCUGCCGCCUGCUCCCGGCGACGAGAACGACUACACUUUCGGAACAAUCGGCAUGCACGGGGUGGUCAUCGCUUGCCUCCCAGCGGGCAUGACUGGGACAGUGUCUGCGGCGGUGGUGGCCCGAGACAUGAUUCGCAGCUUUCCGAUCCGCAUCGGCUUGAUGGUUGGUAUCGCAGGUGGGGUGUGGAGCGAAGAGGUGGAUGUGCGACUCGGGGACGUGGUCGUGAGCCAGCCGAAUGGCCAGCAUGGCGGAGUAGUGCAGUGGGACUUUGGCAAGACCGAGGCCGGCGGAGUCUUUCGGCGGACAGGAACAUUGAACAAACCCCCGCGCGAGCUCCUAAGCGCUGUACAAGGCUUGCAGGCGGAACACUUACUGCAGGGCCACAGGCUAGAGAAACAUCUUGCCGAGAUGCUGUCCAAGUAUCCCGCGAUGGAAGAAGGGUUUAUGCACCCGGGCGACGACAACGACGAGCUUUUUGAAGCCAGCUAUGACCACGAACGUGGGAAUACGUGUUUGUACUGCACCCGUUCACGCGUGGUGCAGCGUGCAGAACGUCAGAGCCGUCGGCCACUUCUGCACUACGGCAACAUUGCUUCAGGUAACGAAGUGAUGAGGGACGGACGCACGCGUGAUCGCAUCGCACAGCAGGAGGGCGUGAUCUGCUUCGAGAUGGAAGCAGCGGGCUUGAUGGAUUCGUUUCCGUGUAUCGUGAUUCGCGGGAUCUGCGACUACGCCGACUCGCACAAGAACAAGCGGUGGCAGGCGUACGCAGCUGCGACGGCCGCUGCCUACGCGCGGGAGUUACUACUAUGGAUGCCCGCCGCCGAGGUCGCGAAGAUUCGCCCUGUACUAGAAGCAACAGUAUAUAUCCCGUUCCCAAAAAACCAUCAGUUCGUCGGCCGACAAAGCACCCUAGACACGCUACAGCGAAAGCUUUUCACGGCUCGGGACUGCCAGGAGCUGGCCGUAGUCGGUCUUGGCGGCAUUGGUAAGACGCAGGUCGUACUCAGCUUCGCGUAUGCGGUGACGGAGCAACGACGAGAUAUGUCGGUCUUCUGGGUGCCAGCACUGAGUGCGGAGACUUUCGAGCGAGCCAUGGAGGGAAUUGCGAAGCAGCUGAAGAUUCGGAUAGCGACUGAUGGCAGCGAAGAUGUGAAGGAGGCCGUUAGGGAAUAUCUCAGUGCACCGCGCGCCGGCAAGUGGUUGCUCAUCGUUGACAAUGCCGACGACAUAAGCGUAGUCAGCGGGCUGCUUCAAUACCUGCCGCAAAACGCUAAAGGCUCUACCGUUUUUACGACCCGUACGACCGCUGUCGCGCAGCGAUUGGUCGCCGGCAAUACGAUCGAGCUGAAGAACUUUCAGCAGGAUGAGGCUAUGACUUUGCUAAAGAAAGCUCUGAUCCGCCAGGAGCUGCUGCAGGAGACGCGAGCCGUUCUGGAAUUAUUUCGAGAACUGGAAUAUCUUCCCCUCGCUAUUGUGCAGGCAGCAGCGUUCAUGAACGUCAACACCAACACAUCUAUUUCGGAGUAUCUAGCACUGCUGCAAAGUACCGAAGAGGAUAAAGCGUACGUCCUGAGCAAGGAGAACCCAGACGGCACGCGCAGUGAACACGUCAACAGUGCUGUUGCGCGGACCUGGAUCGUAUCCUUCGAACAGAUUCGAGAACGAGACCCCGCCGCGGUCAAACUCUUACAGUUUAUGUCGUGUAUCGAAUGGAGGGAUAUCCCACACUCGGUUCUUCCUACAACACCACUAAAAGCGCAGAUGCAUGACGCAAUUGGCAUGCUAUGUUCAUACUACUUUGUCACUAAGCGAGCAAAUCAAAUGACAUAUGAUAUGCACCGACUCGUGCACUUAGCUAGCCGAUUAUGGCUACAGGGGAGCGCGCACGCUGCAGGAAUCCAAAAGGAAGCAAUCGUACAUCUCGCAAUGAUAUUUCCAUCGAAGGACUAUCGCAAUCGUGCAAUAUGGAGAUCAUACAUGCCGCACGUUACGCGGGUGCGAGAGCGUCAAAGGCAAGAAAAUUGCGCGUUAGAUAUGAUAGAGGAGAGCGAGCUGUACGAUAAGGUAGGACAAUGUCUGCAGGAAGAUGGUAGAACACGAGAUGCAGUUCUCUGGCUGUCAGAUGCUUGUAGCCUAAGAAAAUCCCUCGCCGAGGAUCAUCCAAGUCGACUUGCAUCGCAGCAUGCGCUUGCAUAUACAUGUCAAGCGAACGGGCAGACCAAGGAGGCCAUCCAGCUGCUCGAGCACGUCCAUGCCCUUGCAAAUGCAUAUCAAGCGAACGGGCAGACCAAGGAGGCCAUCCAGCUGCUCGAGCACGUCGUCGCGAUCGAAAAGACAUCGCUCGCAGAGGAUCAUCCUCGACGACUUUUAUCGCAGAAUAACCUUGCAAAUGCAUAUCAAGCGAACGGGCAGACCAAGGAGGCCAUCCAGCUGCUCGAGCACGUCGUCGCCAUCCAGAAGACGUCGCUCGCAGAGGCUCAUCCUAGACGACUUGCAUCGCAGCAUGACCUUGCAAAUGCAUAUCAAGCGAAAGGGCAGACCAAGGAGGCUAUCCAGCUGCUCGAGCACGUCGUCGCGAUCCGGAAGACAUCGCUCGCAGAGGAUCAUCCUGAUCGACUUGCAUCGCAGCAUGCCCUUGCAGGGCUGUGUCAAACGAAUGCGCAUUCCACCAAGCGGUACUAUAAGCAACUCUUCUUUUGGCGAAAAGGAGUUUGA